AUGCCUUGUGGACGCAAGCCAGAUCGUGUUGCUGUUGAGUGUCUAGGUAGCCUUGCCCGGCUCAGAUUGAAUCCGAGGUAUUUCCAGAGCAAAUACGUCAGUUUCGCGGCUGUUGACAGGUUUGGUAGGUCUUGGCCAAUAGACCAGGCCCUGGCUGCACAAUGCGGAUACUUCAUCCUCCAUGACAUCUGGGGAAACCUCGAGUUCCGUGCCUCCUUGCUCAGCUGCUAUGCUCAGAUGGUGGAUGACCAACACUUCACGCUGACUUUCCAAAUCCUGGCAGCCACAGGUCCGGAUAUGCGCAAUGCAGCUUCCCUUGAGGUCCCCGUGAAAUGUUCUUAUGGCCCGUGGCAACCCCGCGAAAUAGUCUGUGAGGCAAACUACAUGGAAGUCUCUGUGAGGAGGAAUGUACCGCCAAUCCCUGAUGGUGUUCUUCAAGAUCAGCCUGAAGACUGGGCAGCUGCCUUCCCAGAGGCCAAAGCAGGCCCACCUUCUCUCUGGCAAAUCGUCUUCCACAUGGACACCCAGAGAAAGUCCAUGCUGGUUGAGCAAGCUCACGCUGUUGGCUAUGGAGUCAACACCACAGACACAAGGAUUGUGUUGAGGGCUUCCUACAAUGCAACAGAAGCUCAGAAGAUGGAGGUCCGUGGCAUCCCCUUCUCUGCAGUGAGGUCCAGCACUUUCUACAAGCAGCGCUGGAUGCUCCUGAUGGUGGACACCGCUGUGGCCUGUCCCAUAGAUGGAGUGGCAUUCACCAACGAGACCAUCACCUGGACCAUCCCCAAGGACAUGACUCCUCUCAUGGCGGGACUGAGCAAUGUCAAAGAGCUACAUGUGGAGAUGGGCAUUGAUCUGGAGAAGCUACCUGCUCGAGACAUCGCCAGUCGGGGAUACUUGCUGGCCAGCGACACGGAUGCUAUCACAUUGAAGAUUCCCGUUGGUGCCCCGGGUGGUACUUACAAGAGUUCUGUAGUUGAUGGGCAGCUGGUAACCUCCUACAAAAUCAACCCCUUUGUAGAGCAUCUGUGGGAAGAUGACCGGAGAGGCGUUACAAAGCAUACUAUCCUGAAAGAGAUCAGCACCCCUCCACAGCUUGCACCAAUCGUGGUUACAGAUGGCACCAACAUCCCUCUUCAGCUCUUCAAUACAUCUGUUGGGACCUUCCUGCCAGAUGUGGAGCUAGUCAGUGUGCAAGUGGACGAUUCUGGCCCCUGGUCACUACCGGAGAUUGAAAAGCAGGGCUGUUCGGUUGUUGGAAAGAAACAUCCCAACAGCAGCCGUGACUUUGCUGUGCAAAUCCCAUUUGACACACCUGGAGUCAAGAAGGAGUAUGUGUCGGGUGACGUCCGAAAUUACACCAUAAACAUCACUUUAGGAUUCAGCGUGAGCCCCGAGGCAGACCCCUUUGAUGUCCCGGUUACUCUGGUUGUCCUAGUCAGGGAUGCCGUGUUACCUCAGGCUACCGGCUCCUGUGACGACGAAGCACUCUACCUGGUGAUGAGACGUGGCAAUGUGGACGAGGACUGGCUGCCCUUUGUGGGGGACACUCUCUUGACCCAGGAGAUGGCUCACCAGCUUGGCUACAGCUUCCAUGACAAUGGAACCCAUUUAGCCCUGAGGGUGCCACAGAACGCGGCCCAUGUGGCUUAUGAGAUCUCUGGCCACCUCACGGAAAUCCACUCUUCUGGGAUUGUGGCUACCUUCCGACUGCAGUUGAAGGACAAAAGCACUCAAGUGGAGAUGAUAGAUUUUUCAGUUUCUUGCAUCUUCUCUCCUAAACAUCUUAUUGACUGCCUCCCUAAUGGCACAAUGGUGAUAUCUGCCUUGAAGCUUGUUGGUAUCCCAGACAUGAAGCCCUCCGAUCUGGUGCUGAGAGACAGUCGCUGCAGGCCGGCGUUGGUGACAGAGGAAGGGGCAACGUUCAUCUUUAACGUGAGCACAUGUGGAACUACUCGCAAGUUUGAGAAUGCUACCAUGACAUAUGAAAACGAAGUCCUGUAUGUCCCCCCGGGCCAAGUAGCACCAGUCUAUCGGUUGAAAUGUGCUUGCCAGUACUUGAUCGGAGAUGCCCUGUGGCUUCAGUACAGCCCUACUGACGCCCCGUCGCCAAGCAUCCUGCCAGGAGUUGGUGUGCUGGCUCUUGCCCUUAAGCUAGCAAGAGACGUAUCCUAUAGGGACUUCUACCAGGAUGCAGAGUACCCGGUGACUCAGUACCUUAGGGAACCCCUCCACUUCCAGGUCGAGCUCCUGCACAGCCAGGACCCCCAGCUGGAACUAUUCCUGGAAGAUUGCUGGGCCACAGCAUCACCGGACAGGAACAGUUCUCCACAGUGGAACAUUGUGACGGACAGUUGUGAGAAUACAGAGGACUCCCAUCAGACAGUCUUUCACAGAGUCCCCCAUGGCUCUGUCCCGUUCCCUACACACGUGAAGCGAUUUGAAGUGAAAAUGUUCACUUUCAUAGUGAACGACCAAGCUCUACAGGGGCAGAUCUUUUUCCACUGUAGUGCAGUAAUUUGUGAUUCUGCCUGGCCAUCAUCUGAUGCCCUGUGUGCUAGGCGCUGUAUUCCCAGAAGACAGAGAGUAGGUAAGUUUUUUGUGUGUGUGAGAGGCGGAAUGCAGUUACAUCCAACUGGGAAAAGCAUGUCAGGUUGAAGUAUCUAGCUUUUGGGAAACUGGAGGUCACUGGAGA